CCUUCAUCCAUACUUCCAAAAAGAGCUACUAGCAUAAGUCCAAAAGAGUAUAUAUAUAAAAAAAGUAGUACUAGCCCUUCUGAUCACGCUUCAUUUCUUACAUAAUUCACAUUGGGUCAAGUUGGAUUAAAAGAGUCCAAUAAGUAGUUGAGUCAAUCAAGGAAAAAGGAAAAAAGCAAACUAGCUAGAGAAAAAGGUUUCUUCCUUUGUUGGAUUGAUUAGAAAUUUAGAAUGAGAGAAAGUUGCCAUGAAUGACAUACUAAUUUGUGUCGCCCUGUGCAGUGUGGGGCUGAAAUGAUGUCCUCUAUUUCAACCCUUGUCCCAUAAUCAUUGUCACCUUUCCCUUUCCUUUACUGCUGUUUCCUUCUUCUCGUUUGUUUUUGAUCAAUUGAUGAUGCUCCUAACCUAUGGUCCUAUACUAAGACAAUGGAUCUUAGCAGCUAUAAUUCUAUACCCCACCAAAAAUAGAUAAUUGUAUUAACUUUAACUUGGCCCCUGCAACUGCAGCUUUGCUGACAUUUGGCCACUUUCUCUAAAAGAAGCCCUUUUAUUGCUACUAACGUUUGGUCCUUUUGGGUUCACGUUUUCCUUAUGAACUCUGCCUGAACCGAACCUACUACUUUCAGUUAUUGACUUAGUUGCUGAAAAAAUUUGAGAUGUCAGGUUCACAACUUAGAUGAAGUGAAUUACAGCUGGUUUUUUGGGGAGGGAUUGUUUAUCAUUUAUUGGAAAUGAUUUUUGAAAAAAAAAAAAUCCUUUCUUUGGCCAGACAUUCUUCAUGUCUAACUGAAUGCCGUUGAGGGUUACUGUAUAGCGUGAUCUUGAGCAAGAAACAUACCCUUUUUUGGAGGUGUAUAUUUUUCUUUUUCUGUUUUGAGUUUUUGGCAUGGUUUAGUGGAAGAAACAAGAUUUGGUCGAAGAAUUACUAAUGUGGUCAAGGAACUUGAUGUGCUGAAUGGAAUUUCUGCUGUAAAGGUUGAGCCUUUUGUACUAGUUUGUGAUGAAUCUCAGGCAAAAGAGUGCGAGGAAGACAGAGUUGAGGGCAGCAGAGAGAGUUGUGCUUGUUGCUGUAAAUUUUUCUUUAGAUAUCCCCAAAAAUGCUUUAACUUGGGCUCUCACUCAUGCGGCUCAACCAGGGGAUUGUGUUAAGCUUCUGGUGGUCAUUUCUCCUCACAGUUCAUCCAGAUGGAUGAGGGGAUUUCCAAGGUUUCAUAGUGAUUGCGCUGUUGCUUUUGGCAAUGCGAGCUCUUUUCUAGGAACAAACUUGGAUCAGAAGGAUUAUAUUACAGAUUCCUGCACCCAAAUGAUCCUGGAACUCCAUCGCUUUUAUGAUGCAGAUAAAAUUAAUGUGAAGGUCAAAGUUAUAACUUUGUCUCAACAAGGAAUGAUUGCUGCUGAAGCCAAGAAAUCUCGGACGCAUUGGGUUAUAUUAGAUAAAGGACUCAAGAAAGAAGCCAAAUCUUGCAUGCAAGAGCUUGACUGUAAUCUUGUAGUGAUGAAGAAGCAUGGUCCAAAAGUUCUUCGCCUGAAUUUAAUAGGAACACCUAUGCCAGAGAAUGGGAGCCUCGAUCAAUCUGAACUCCAUUCGAUAGGGGUCAAGAAAAGCUCUGAUAGGUGGAAUGUCACUCAGGUACCAAAUGUGACUCCGGUGAGUAGUCCGGAGCACUCCUCCUCAUUUACAGUAACUGAUGCUCGGACAUCCUCAAUUUCAAGCUUUGAUCUUGGGAGCUCUCCAAAACUUAUCUCUGAUAUUGAUUGGAAUUCAAACAAAGAUCGGUUUAAGUAUUACCAUGAAGAAUCAGAUUCUGAAACAGAUAGUGAGCUUUUAAGUACCCCUUCAACAUUUGUUGGUUCUAAGCCAUGGGAGCUGGAUUUUCUUAGUUCUGGACAGGAGUGCUGGAAAUAUGCCCGGAAAGAAUCUCUCAGUUACAACAGAAUGCUGAAUCCUGUGUAUGAAUCUCUUGAUAGGAGAUUUCCUGCAUCUGAUAGAGUGUCUGAUCUAGAAGUUCCAAAACACCUCCUGGAUAACUUGCGCACAAAUUUGAGAAAAGUGGUUUCGCUAGACACAAAAUCGCCGCAUGACCCUCCUCCGCUUUGUACAGUAUGUCAGCACAAAGCACCUGUGUUUGGAACACCUCCUAAAUGGUUUACUUACGCUGAGCUUGAACAUGCCACCGAUGGAUUCUCACAAGCUAACUUCUUGGCUGAGGGAGGUUAUGGUUCUGUAUACCGUGGAGUCCUAAUGGAUGGUCAGGUAGUAGCUAUCAAGCAGCAUAAAGCAGCAAGUUCUCAGGGUGACCGUGAAUUUUGCUCAGAAGUAGAGGUCUUAAGCUGCGCACAGCAUAGAAAUGUUGUAAUGCUGAUUGGAUUUUGUGUGGAAGGUGGAAAGCGAUUGCUGGUUUAUGAAUUUAUAUGCAAUGGUUCUUUGGAUGCUCAUCUAUAUGGACAAAAGGGUGAUCCAUUAGACUGGUCAGCGCGUCGAAAAAUUGCAGUUGGAGCUGCACGAGGGCUGAGAUACCUUCACGAAGAGUGCAGAGUUGGUUGUAUUAUCCAUCGUGAUAUGCGGCCAAAUAAUAUUCUUCUUACACAUGAUUUUGAGCCAUUAGUUGGCGACUUUGGACUAGCGCGAUGGCAGCAAGUGGGAGAUAUGGGCUUCGAAACAAGGGUCAUUGGUACAUUUGGGUACUUAUCUCCAGAAUAUGCUCAAAGUGGACAUAUCACUGAGAAAGCGGAUGUAUACGCUUUUGGUGUGGUGCUGACAGAGCUGGUCACAGGAAGGAAGGCUGUUGAUAUAAAUCGGCCCAAGGGCGAACAAUACUUAGCUGAGUGGAUGCGAAAACAGGCACGCCCGUUGCUUGAGAAAUGUGCCAUUCGAGAACUGAUCGAUCCUGUUCUGGCAAAUGGUUAUCCAGAGCAAGAAGUUGAAUGUAUGUUGCGCUGCGCCUUCCUGUGCAUCCAACGAGACCCACUAUUAAGGCCCCGGAUGUCUCAGGUGCUUCGGAUGCUGGAGGGCGACAGUUAGAUCAGCUAAGUGUAUGCAACAAUCUCAACUCUUAAAUCUUGAAACCUUUUCACCAAAAAAUCGUCUCCAGAAUAUCGUUUCAUCCUGGCAUGCUUGAAUUGCAACAUAUGAUUUCGAGGUGAAUUGAAGUUUGGUUUAAAAGUGACAAAAUUACAUACUCCCUCUGUCUCAUUAUUAUUGUCCAGUUUGGAUUUUCAUUUUCAGUUCAUUUUGUAUUAAAAAUGAAAAUCCAAACCAAACAAUAAUUUUGGGACGGGGUAAGUAUAACAUGGCUAAAUAGGAUCAGCAAAACCAGGAUAAGGCAAGUGAAGGGUUUCCAGGAGUUGUUAAAUGUCUGAAGCCUACGUUCCCAUUUUCGCGAGAGAGAAUGUUGUACAGAAAGUUUUCAGGAACCAUAUGGCUACAACUACGGCCUAAUAUACCCUAUGAUUCUCUGUAAUUAGAUUUUUCAUUAAUCCUAUAUUCUUUUGUUACUGAUCAGACACAGUCCGAUUUUUUUGUUGCUAACUGAAUGGACCUUCCAAUCGACCAUGAUUACAAGUUCUCAACUGGCAUUUCUCAGUUUUACUUUUUUAUAUUUCGUAAUCAAACAAGACAAUCAUUUUAGGACGAGAGAAUGAAUAAUUUCACACUUUUUUUUUUCUUGUAGAGUUACUUGUGAUAUGUAAAAUAAGUAUACUUUCCGUCCCAAAAUAAGAGUCCCGAACACUGAAC